UUGCCUGAUGAAGUGUUGAUGCCGUUCCAUGAUACUUUUUCUUUUCAUUGUGUGUAAGAAUCAUGACGAAUUUUAAGCUCUACUACUUGUGGAUUAUGUAUUGCUAUGCAACAGUGCUCACUAGAUUAGUAGGAACAUCGCCAUCAUUUGUGUGUAAACAAGCUUACCAGUCAUCAACCAAUGACUCUUUUGUCGCCAGCUAUGGUUGUGAUGACGACAUGGAGACUUUCUCUCUGACCAAUGAUGGGUAUUUUGAGGUGUGGUCUGUUGAGCUGGACAAUACUUACAUAAUUCAUUGGAUUUUCGUCAGCAUUGAUGCGGAAUAUCAAGUAUAUGUUGUUAAUACUGAUGGUCAAAGGAAUACCGAGUACCUGUGUCUAGCUGAAGGACGUAAACUAAGAUCACCCCAACGACUGAUCACAUGUGAAUAUCCUGAUUAUGUCGACGGGAAGGGGAAUAAAAUUGAAAUUCGACAAAUACGAUAUGGAUCAUUGAGAAUAUAUGAAGUUAAGCCUAUAGGACCAUCUCGUUUGGGUCAAACAAUGGUACAGAAUUGUACGGAUCUGGAACCAUUUUGCAAAGCUUUAGACGGCAACAUGGACACAUUUUACCAUUCAAAGGAAAAUGUCCAGGCCUCUUGGUUCCUACAACUGGAUAAAAACUAUGUGGUGAAAUGGAUACUGUUAUCAAUCAGGGGAGGAUACUAUGAAUUACACAUUAAAGAUGGUGACGUAAGAACCAGUUCGUCUACACUGUGUCGGAAUUUCAGUUUUACCGGACCAAAUGAAUUAAAACAAAACAACAAAGCCUUGGAAUGUAACAGAGAAAUGACAGGGAAUUCAGUUGUAAUAAUAAGGACAGAUGGUGGACCAUUGAGGCUGUUUGAAGUGUACCCCAUCAUUUGUCCAGAAAAACAUUACGGACCAAACUGCGCAAAAUGCAGGAUGGAGUGUAUAUCCUGUAGUCCGAUCACUGGUGUAUGUUACCGAUGUAAUGACGGGUUCUAUGGUGAUUUCUGUCAACACACAUGUCUAGAAAAGUGUUUGAACUCGAUGUGUGACCAGAUGACAGGUGAAUGUAAAGGCUGGAAAACAGAACUUACUACACACAGCAUCAUUUCUGUCAAAGAUGCACCUGUUACCAAGGAAAUGGGCAUCAUACAAGAUUGGAAAAGAGAAAGUGUUACACACAGUACCUUUUCUGACGACGAGACCCCUAUCACUAAGAAAAUGGACGUCACACACGAGGGCAGGUCCAACAGAGGUAACCAGACUCAGUCCAUCAUAGUGUUGUCUGUUCUCGUGGUGAUAGCUGUGGUUUUGCUCUUUAUUGUGGUUUUCCGCUUUAAAAAAAGGACGAAAACACCAAAAGUGGAAACCAAUGAGGAAAAUGUCUUUUCCGUGGAAUUCCAUCAAGUAGAAUCAAGAACUGAAUCUGAACUAGACGAGAUUCCCCACAACGAGGUUGGCGAUGUUGAGGAUGAAAUCAUCACCGUAGAGUACAGUAAUCUGACGUCACAAAGGGUCUCCAUUGAUAAGUUCAUCAGAGAAUUACCAGAAAAAAGAAGUAACGGAAUACUGGAGAAAGAAUUCGAUGAUCUUCCUACUGGACUACUAGAGUCCUACUCCAAUGCUCUGAAGGCUUCCAGCAGAAAGGGGAAUCGAUACAAAAGAAUUUAUCCAUAUGACUAUAAUCGCGUAAAAUUGAUGAGAACAUAUGCAAAUGAGAACGAUGACUUUUUCAAUGCAUCUUGCAUACAUGGGUUCAACAAGGAACGAGCGUACAUAGCCGCACAAGGUCCUUUUAAUCCCAAGACGUUAGAGGAUUUCUGGACGAUGAUCUGGCAGAAUGACGUCACAAGGAUCGUCAUGCUGACUAACCUGUACGAAGGAGACACGAUGAAGUGUCUGAAGUACUGGCCGGACACGGAUGUGGACAUCGGUCAAUAUACCAUAAUACUGGACAAUGUAGAUGUGUACGACCACUACGUGCUGAGAUAUAUGGUUGUUCAUUGUCAGGAAGAGGAGAAAAGAGUGACACAGUUUCACUUCACCACCUGGCCAGACAAAUCGAUCCCCGAUGAUCCGACGUCACUUAUUUAUUUCCGUAACCUGGUCAGAAAUGGACUCACUGCAUCUGAUGGACCGAUAGUCGUUCAUUGCAGCGCUGGAAUUGGGAGAACUGGAACAUUCAUUUCAUUUGAUUACCUCCUGGAAGAGGGCGCUGCAGAAAAAACAAUUGAUGUCAAGGGGUACAUUGCUUCUUUAAGACAGCAGCGCGGAGGAUCUGUGCAAACUUGUGACCAGUACAUUUUUCUUCAUGAGGCACUUGUGGAAGGAUUUUCAAACAGCAAUGUUCACCAUGGUUGUCUAUCUGUGUUGUAACAUCUGGGUGUACGAGAAAAAUAUAACCAACUUACACGCAAAUAGUUUGCUUGAUUUUCACAUAAGGAAAUAUAAGUAUGACAAGAUUGAUUCGAUGUCACGUAACAGGAAAAUAAUAAUACUAACGAACACUUUAUUCCUCGUGCAUUGCUCAUUUGUACAUUCUAUGCAGAAUAUUGUUUCAUAGUAUGAUUUUUCUCAUGUCUGUUUAAAACAAAUAUCAUUCCUAAUCAGAUA